AGGAGCACAGAAGUUUUCUCUAGGUUUCAACACCUGAGUUUCUGUGGGCCAUCUUUAGAUGUCGACUCAUUCUUUAAAAUUGUAACUACUGUGGGUAAGGCUGGGAAGGUGGCAGUGAGGAAGAUAAAGGUUUUAGAGGAAAGAUUUCUCUCCUCUUUCUGAAACAAGUUUAUUUAAAUUUUCUUUUUUUCAUGAAGAUGUAUUAUGUAUUGGUUUUCAAAGUUAUAGCAUCAGAAAGGAAGAAGACAAAGAGAAGCUACAUUUUUUUCUUGUUUGUUUUACACUUACACUAUCACUGCAGAAUUUAUUAGUCUUGAUAGUUGAAAGAAUGAUUUUAAGAACUACAGACAACUCUAGAACUUUUUAGUUCACUAUAAUACAUUUUGUAUUUUCCUAGCUUCCUUACUUUGGCUGGUUUAUGCUGUGAUUGUAUGCUGUAUUGUGUGUGUUUACGUGUUCUUCAAAAUAUGGCUUCUUCUUUUCUGCCAUAGAAUUCCUUCCACAGGGCCCUUGGAAUUCUUUCAGGCCUAGUCAGUUAAAAAAGGAGACCUAGUGGCACUGUGGUUAAGCGCUCAGCUGAUAACCAAAAGUUUGGUGGUUCGAACCCACCAGCUGCUCUGCGGGAGAAAGAUGUGGCAAUCUGCUUCAGUAAAGAUUACAGCCUUGGAAACCCUAUGGGACAGCUCCACUCUGUCCUAUACAGUCACUAUGAGUUGGAAUCUACUCGGCGUAUAGUGGGCUUGGUUUUGGUUUUUGUUUAGUUAGUUAGAUAAACCAACAAUAUUUAUAGAAUACCUACCUAGUGCUAGAGCUAUGCUAGCCAAUUUGGAUAGGCUGUUCUCUGGGUUUGGGGGUGGGUAGCUUAGUUGAUUGACUAAGCCCUGAGAUGCCUUGCAUCUGUGGGUCCCACAUUCUUUCAUUAAGACUGCAAAGGAGUCAGGAAUAUGUUCUCUUCUAUCCUCAGAAGGAAGGCCAUGCAAAGCCGAGGCUGGAGAAAUCAUAGCUCUGUUACUGAGUUUAUCCUCCUGGGCUUCUCCAGAAAUCCCAGAACCAACUGGAUCCUUUUCUUCAUCUUCCUCUUCCUCUACUUAUUUACAGUCCUAGGCAAUGGGUUCAUUGUUACCCUGAUCAGAGUAGAUGUUCGCCUCCACACCCCCACGUACUUCUUUCUCAGCAUCCUCUCUCUAUUGGAUCUCAGCUAUGCUACUACCACAGUGCCCCAGAUGUUGGUCCAUCUAGUAAGCAAGAACAAAACUAUCUCCUACAUUGGGUGUGUGGUCCAGAUGUACUUUUUCCUGACCUUGGGCAUCACUGAGACCUGGAUUUUUCCAGCCAUGGCCUAUGGCAGAUAUGUUGCCAUAUGCUAUCCACUCUACUGUGGAGUUCAGAUGAGCCAAACCCUGUGUAUACUCCUGGCAGUCAGCUCUGCCCUUUGUGGUAUCACCUGUGCUCUCGUCUACACGGUCUUUGCAACGAAUCUUCCCUACUGUGGCCGCAAUGAGAUCAACCACUUCUUUUGUGAAAUCCCUGCUGUCUUGAAGUUGGCUUGUGCAGACACAUCUCUCAAUGACCAAGUGGACUUUAUCUUGGGUUUCAUCUUGCUCUUGAUCCCAUUAGCCCUCAUCCUGGCCUCAUAUAUUCGCAUCUUCAUGGCUAUUCUGAGGAUUCGUUCCACCCAGGGGCAAAUCAAGGCCUUCUCUACCUGUGCCUCACACAUCACUGUGGUCACCAUGUUUUAUAUUCCCUGCAUGGUCAUGUAUGUGAGGCCUGGCUCCAAGGCCUUCCCAGAGGAUGACAAGAAGUUGGCUCUGUUCUAUAAUGUCAUCUCUGCCUUUCUUAACCCCAUCAUCUACAGCCUUAGAAACAAUAAUGUGAAGAGGGCUUUCCUCAGGUUAAUUGGAAUGACCGAGGGUACUCAGUAG